AGUCAACAAUAGUCGAACCACAGUCAACAACAGCCGAACCACAAUCAACAACAGCCGAGUCACAGUCAACAUCAGCCGAGCCGCAAUCAACAUCAGCCGAGCCGCAAUCAACAAGAGUCGAACCAAAAUCAACAACAGCCGAGCCACAGUCAACAACAGCCGAGCCAUUAUCAGCAACAGCUGAGGAGCAAUCAACGACAAACCUAAUAACAUUAGUAACAGAAGUCGAUUCACAACUACCACUGACUACAACACUAUCAACAACUGCACCAUCAACAUCAGUGAUAACAAUAUCAGCUUUAAAAACAGAAGCGGACCCACAGCAACCAACAAUAAUAACAGCAUUGGUGACAGUUACAAAUUUGCAUUCAACAACAACGGAAACUACAAACAUAGAUAUGCAAUCAGCAACACCAGAGGAUUCACUACUAGCAACGACAUUAGCAAUAGCAGAAGAAUCACAAACACCAAAAACAUCGGAAGUAACUACUACAAUAGCAACGGAAACGAUGACUACAUCUGUUUCAGAAACAGCGGGAACAGAAUCAACUAUAGCAACACUAACACCUACAAUCGAAGAGGAAAUAGCAAUAGAUACAACCAACACAUCGCCAGCAGAAAUAUCAUCAGUAGUAAGUAGAACUACACCAUUAAUAGCAGCAACUGAUACAACCACUGAAGCAACUUCUAUAGCAAUAGCAACAACAACACAAGGAAAUACCUCGGUAAGAGAAACUACAGUAAGUGAACUUCCACCUGUAACAACAUUAGCAACAACGGACUCACAAUCAACAACGGUAGACGAAUCUCCACCAGUAACAACAAACCCACAAUCAUCGACGCCUUUUGCAACGGAGUCAUCUCUAACAUCAAUAAUAGGAACAAGAGAGGUAACAACCCUAACUGAAUCACCAGCGUCAUCCUCUGCUGUCACCGCUUCUCCCUCCUCCUUAUCAACAUCACAAACAGAAGAAAGCACCACAAUAGCAGCUGUAACAGAAGCAACUGUUGGAGGUGAUAUAGCAACACAAGCAACCACCACAUCAACAGGAGUAACUGAUACAACCACCACAGCAACAACUGCAACUGAAGCGACACUUAUAACAACAGAGACAACCCUUACAGCAAUAGAAACAACAGAAUCAGCUACCACAGAAGCAGCAGAAACAGCAGAUGUACUUUCAACCACAACAGUAACGCCAGAAGAGACUUCUGCCACCUCAAUAAGCACAUCAAACACAAACGACAGUACCAAUGAUAUAUCACAAAUAAUUACCAGUGGUACGACAUUGACCAGUGUUGGUGAUAUGACAGAGUCAGAUGUCAGUGGUGGGACACAUGUACAAUUCAAUAGUACUAGUGGAACAAACGCCAUAGACUUGACAGAGGGAAGCUUCGAGAGUACGACACCACUACAUUUUAAUGGUGUGUCUGAAAUUAACACCGAUAGUACGACGCAGAACAUUGACCAUGAUAACACAGAAACAAUCCUCAAUGGUGACGGCACUACAGUGACAAAGAAGCUUAGUUCAAUACAAAGCAAUACUGUCGACAGUAUAACACAAACAAAUAAGGCGACUAUAUUGACGACGGUACACUCUAUAAUUCGUCAGAAAAGCGUAGAACGUCGACAGCUGAACGGUGUGGUGCACGUAGCAGGGGGACUGGAAUGGCAGCCUGAGUUAGAAGAUGAACAUUCUGAAGAAUUUCAACAGACAUCGAAAAUCAUGUUGGAUAUGUUAACGACGGCCAUCAAAAAUAGUAAACUGCGGGACGAUUUCGUUAGUGUUCGUAUCAACGGAUUCAGUCAAGGCAGUGUUAAUGUGAACUUUACAGUUAUCUUAGAAGAAAAUACCGCAGAGACAGACAACACCAACGAUCCUCAGAGUAAUGUGCAAAUAAAUACGAGUCUGUCUUCUGAGCAAAUUGGAGAAAUUCUCAUUCAAGCUCUGCAUAAUGCAUCAAACACAGGAAAUCUCACUAUUGAUGUCAACCAGACAAGUUUCAUCGAAUAUCACCUGGUCACGUGGUUACCGACGGAGAUUUCAACAAAACAAAAUCAUGUAACUGAAACUUUAUUCCCAACUACUUUUGAAGGAAAUAUAACUUCUUCAGGAAGUGCAACUCCGUCAACUGAUGGUCUUUCUGCAAGCAGUCUCAGCGAUGAAGAAGUAUUCAAUGCAAGCACUCCGAGAAUAGAACUCAGUUCUGCACAGACUGUAGCAUUAAACAGCAGUGAUGUAGCAACGCUGCCAGUGCAAAUUAAUGAGUCACUUUCCGGCAGUAUAUUACUGCAAUAUAAAACGACUAUCACCGAAUCUUCAUUACAUGCAGACACAACCAUUCAAAGUCAUUUGACGACUACACUUGAACCGACCUAUUACACUUCUAUUCUCACUCCUUUUUCUUCUUUAUUUCUUUCACAAACGACUUCUUCCUUCUCUCUCUCCCCACCCUCUUCUUUGUCUUUAUCCUUCGCCUCCUCCGUCUUAUCUUUAGCAUUACUAUCAUCCCCAUCAUUAUCAUUAUCAUCAUCACCAUCAUCAUCAUCAUUGGUUUUAACUCCUCAAUCAACAUUACUAUUUUCGGAGGACCAAAAGCAAACGUUGGACGUUUCUUUAGAAUCCAGUUUAUACCGUGAUACAGGGACAAAUGUUUCUAAUCAGGUGGAUUUACCAUCGGUAUCCGCCAUUAGUCGUUCCUCGCUGUUUUCUACUGUCCAUUCGGUUUCCUUAACUAACAUGCUAACUACUCAGCCUACCAGUGUUUAUUUCAAUAGUUCUAAAGUAGAUCAAGACAUAUCAACAUCACAAACAGCCCAUCAGAUAACUUACACUACAGAAAAUUAUUCUGAUACGAAAACAGCUUUUUCGUAUCUCGAAACGUUAGUAACAGAAUUCAUGAAAUCAUCAGAAAUUACGUCUAGCACAGCUUCUUUAAAUAAUAAUUUUAGUGAAUCUUCUUUCCAGCCAGCACUUGAAUCGUCAUAUUUUAUACAAGAAUGGAGCUCUGGCAAUCUAAAUCCUUCUUUAAACCAGUUAUCCGUGACAACCAUCUCCACAAGUAAUAGCUUUACAACGUUACCUACAAAUCAAAUGAGUGAAUCUUUAUCCAUAAAUUCAGCAGAGAUUGGUCUUUCCACAUCAGAUGAUUACACAGUAAGUUCAAGCCAAUUAAUCGCGGAUUCCAGCGAAAGUUUUACUGAUUCUGGAAGUAUCUUGAUGUCGUAUUUUGAAAAUGAAAUUGCAACCAGCCAGCUUACAAUUAUCCCCAGUAUCACCAGUUCUAAAUCGGGCCAGCUAUUGACGCAGUUUACAUCUGAAGACCAAAUAAUACUUACUCUCAGUAACACAAUUGAUUGGACUUCAUACACAUCUGGGAUAUUGAUUUCAAGUAAUCCAAGCAGUCAGUAUAUUAGUAGCUUGUCCAGUCAUAUAAUAAACUUCUCUCAAGAAUUUAAUGCAUCCGUGAAACUGACAUCCGGAAUUGUCUGGCAACCGGAAUUGCUCGAUAAGACAACAUCCCAGUAUAAAGAUGCUGAGUUACGAGUAUGGGAAUUUAUAAAUGCUGUUUUUGAUGUGAGCAAAUUGGCAGGCUCCAUAAAACGAAUACGAAUACAUGGCUUCCGUGAAGGAAGUGUUGUUGUUGACUUCGAAGUUUCGGUCAAUGGAAGCAGUACUAAUGAGCAAUCUAUUAAAGACGAGUUCGUAACAUCUUAUAACAAUUUGAAUAACCCAGAGUUUGGUAUCGAUAGCCAACAAAUUAAUUUUACAGAUUCAAUGUCAUUGCUUGCUACACACUUGACUUCAAACUUUUAUGAUUCGUCGGACAUUUCUACAUCUAAUUCAUUGCAACAGCAAACUACAGUUGCGCAGGAAAUCGAAACUUCUACAUUUUCUCCUCAAGUGAGUUUCACAGAAGAUAAAACUUCAUCGUUUAUCAGUGAAACGUUAAUGCUUACAACAGAGCAACUGAGUGUUACAUCGCCUCCUUUGUCUGUCAAUCCUCCUCAAGACACGCCAUCUUUCUUUAUCAGUCCAUCUCAAGUUACACCACCUUUAUCUCUUACUCUCUCUCAAGCUAUUUCUAAUACAAUUAAUUCACAAUAUACGACUCCAGAUGAUACUAGUUUUUGGCCUGAAACUACUAAUGAACCAAUGACUUCAGUCAUAAAAGCGAGCAGUUUAUCUGAAGUUUUCCAGUCAAGUACAAGAUCCCAUUAUCAGUCACUGAGCAUUGCAAGCAGUUUCGAAGGCAUAACUUCAAGUGUUAUCGAAUCCCAAGAGAGCUCUAUUGGUUACAAAAGUAACUCGAACAUUAGUCCAGCUUCUCAAGAGACGACAGCAGAUUACGUCCCUCGAAGUACAUUACAAAAUACUGGGGUGAAUAACACUGAAUUUCUUUUUGAUUCAUCUCCCAUAUUACUGGAUACAACAGUGGUUGUCAUAACAAAUACCAUUAUUUCCCAGGAUAAAAGUUUUUCAUUUAAUCAGCUAACGUUUUCAAGUAGUCCUACUCAAACUGACUCAUUGGACUUUACAACAAGCUAUUCCGCAGACCAAUAUUUUUCGAGUAUUGAAGAUAUUAAAAGUUUACUAUCAGAUUCAACUAACGAGAUUAUUCGAACAAAUUCAUUAGUAUCCUUAACCGAUGCAUAUUCAUCUCUAUCGAUGUGGUAUUCGAGUGAUGUUACGCAAACCUACAGCUCAUCAUCUAUCAAUACAUUCGCAGAAAGUGUGGCUAUGAGCAGUUCGAAAGCUGAAUCAAGUUUAUACAAUCUAGACUUCUCUUCCACCUCUCUGUCUGCUGAUAUAUCUUCAAAAAGCCAAUCACUAUUAAAUCAUAGUGUGCUGCCCAGUACAAUGUUAUCAGUAGAAAAUACUCCAUCAUUUAAACCCAUUACUUCCAUUGUUGAAACAAAUGGCUUUUCUUCAUCUAUUUUUCUAUCUACAUUAUCGAUAUCUUCAACUGCAUCUAAAAUUCUAUCUGAAAUAUUUACAAGCUCUUCAGUUGGUAUGGAUGAUAGCAUGUUAUAUUCACCAUCAUCUACCUAUAGUACAUUUUACCUAUUACCAGAUGAAUCGGAUUUUCGUAAUUUAAAUUCAACAGAAUAUUUUCAAAUAGAUUUUUCAGACGUUUACUCUUCAGUGUUCAGCAGUCAAACAGAAAGAACUGAUGAAUACAUUACCACAGUUCAAAAUUCGGUUUCAAAUCCUGAUACCACUCUAACGGUAUUGUCAGCUGUCUAUUUAAAUAACAUAACAAAUUCAUAUGACAUAACUUUAUCUGUUACAGCUGAAGUAUCAGGAAUACAAUCGGAACUACUAAAUUCUUUUGAAAACAGUUUGCACCAGAAAUCUUCUGUUAAUAUUCUCCAAUUAGAAAAUGUGUCGGAAUCCAGUCAGUUUUAUAUGGAGAAAACAUUAUCUGUUAACAAUUUUCUAACUGAUUCUCUUGGUAGUUUCUCUUCUGGAGACACAAAACAGCUAACUACCUCACAGCUUACCGAAAAAACUCAAAUGACGAGAGAUUUUAGUUUCCAAACCGGAAGUAAUGAACUGACGUACACUUCACCUUUCACCAGUACUGACAAAUCUCAGCAAUCAAUGACUGACUAUUUGACACCCAGUUUUGAGUCAAAUUUAAUGUCAACAACUGUUGCAUCUCAGCCAGUAUAUGAAACUGAAUUUUCUUCGAUAAGCAUCAUACUUAGUAUAAACUCCAACAUCAAUUCCCAGCCGGUUACAAGUGAUUACCUCACUAAUAAAUUUUCCACUGUGAUAAAAACAGCUCCACACUCCGUUGGAACACAGCAGCUCUACACUUCAAGCGAAUUUCUCUCAGAAACAAGAAUUAUUGACAGUUUUAGUGAUUUUGCUAUGUUACACUCAGAGAACUCUCUGAAUAAUUUUAAAUCGGCCGAGUUUAGCAGUUCAUUCCAAUUGGGAAGUGAAGAUUUUACAAGUAAUACCUCACUAGAAAUUCUUCCCACAAUUACAACCACUCAUUUACCAAGUGAAACAAAACACUUUACCGAUGUCGACGCAUGUUCAAAUGAGACAAUUUGUGGCAUUAAUUCGAUAUGUAAGAAUACACGUGGUAGUUAUCAGUGUGAAUGCAAAACAGGAUAUAAGAAAGUUGGAGCCAUUUGUCAAGACGUUGAUGAAUGCACAACAGGUGAACAUAACUGCCCCCAGAUAUCAACGUGUAUUAAUACAGGGGGAUCGUAUCGCUGUAAAUGUUUCUCGGGUUACGAAGACGUCUCAGGUAACUGCAUAGAUAUUGACGAGUGUCAAGAAGAGAUUUGCCCACUACACUCUGAUUGCAUCAAUACAGAAGGCUCAUACAGUUGUCAAUGCAAACUUGGUUACUAUGAAAUCAGAAAAAAUAGAUGCUCAGCAAUACAAUUAUUUAAAGCUUCCAUUGAAAUACUUGAACUGGAAGGCACUCCGGUUACGUUUACAAACGUGAUGAACACUUCAACCUCUCCGAGCUACCAAAAUAUUACACAUCAUAUAAAGUUAUUGAUUAACAAGAAUGUGAAUCAAACAGUGGCCGGAGAACACUACCUUGAUGUGAAAAACUUAUCAGUAAUAGACGGAAGCAACGUAGUCAGUGUUCUCCUUUAUUUUACCCCGAACUCUGCGCUGACUGUCAACGACGCUGCCAAAUUAUUGUUGCAAGCAAAUAACAGCCAACAACUACAAAUAGGUUUCAUAAUAGACUCGAACGAAACGCAUGUCUUUGAUGUGAACGAGUGCAAAAUUCCUAAAAUCCAUGAAUGUUCUAAAAAUGCAUACUGUAAUAACACUGUCGGUUCAUACACCUGCACCUGUAAGCAAAACUUCAAUGAUAUUUCAAGUACAUUUCUAUAUAAACCAGGACGUAUUUGUGAAAAUAGUACAAACCAAUUUCUGGAUCCCAUUCGAAGCGUGACUUUGAAAACUGAACAGCAAGUUUAUAAAACUGAUGAAAUCAUCGAAUUUAUUGUUACCUCAAAUCGAGGCUCGCAUUUGUCAUACACGCUUAACUAUGGAGACAACCACAGCCAAACUACUGUCAGUAAAAGUAUUUCUUUAGUAUCACAGAUUGUUUUUAAACAUAGGUAUAAGGACGUGGGAACUUUUCAUGUUAACAUCACAGCUUGGAACGAUGUUAGUUCAGCGUCCAACACAAAAGAGAUUUUAGUGCAGCGGCCUCUUCCGGAUUUUCAUUUGCAGAUUGAAGACAUUCAUUCUAAGUUUAUUAACAUUCAUCAGAAACGUUUGCUUAUUUCUUUCAAAAGCAAAAUUUAUCAAAAUAUUGUUCACGACGUAAACAUCCAGUGGAUAUUUGAUGAAAAUACAACUCAACAUGAUUACAUUGCAAACAUGAAAAGUAACGUUAGUCUGAUGAUCGAGCGAGCUUUUGCACCGGGUGUCCACAAUAUUACUGUCAUCUGCUCCAACCAACUAAGUUCUAGAGUUUUACAAGAAAUCCUUAUAAUCAACGAACCAAUAUCUGGUAUUACUGUAUCAACAGAAAAACAUUACGUAAGACCAUCUGAAAUUUACAACUUGGAGAUUGAAACCAAAUCAGGCAGUAAUAUAACUUACUCAGUUUUUGCUAAUGAUGAAUUAUUGAAGCAAAUAUUUCCUCUUAACUGGAGUACAGGAGUAACUUUGAAAAAUAUUAGUGUAGUUUUAAUGGCGGUUGGCCACUACAACGUUUGUGUAAGAGCAAGCAACGAUGAAGGAAAUGUCAGUGCCCGACUUGAAAGGCAAAUUGUUGUCCUUAACCCAGUUCAGAAAUUAUCAAUUACAGUGAACAAGAAAAUAAUUAUACCGAUUCAAGAUUUAUUUAUAUCGAUUUCUUAUCAUGAGCCUUCUGGCUCUCCAACGGAUGUUAUUUGUCAUCCCACUGUUAAGAACGUACAAUUGAGAAAGGCUUAUACUGACAUGAUCGGUAUCAAUCAGGCUCUGGAGUUUUCAAGAGCCUGGCCGAAUGAUCUUCUUGGUAAUACAUCUAUAACAGUUAAUUGCAGUAACGCACUGAAUAGCCAGCUAUUAUUAACAUGGGUAGUCGCCCAAGUUGGUAUUACUGGGGUGAAUGUAACAGCAGAUAAAUAUUUUGUAGCUCUCGAUGAAAUAGUGCAAUUAAAAUUCACUGUUGAAUCUGGUUCCAACGUUUUUUAUGAAUACAUCAUUUACAAUAUCUCUACAAACUCAUCAGAAUAUUUAAUUAGACAACCACUGCAGAUAGAGGUAAACAAAUCGUUUUCCUUUCCAGGAAGUUAUCCGGUCUAUUUUCAAGUGAUAAAUGAUGUUUCAGCUUAUAAUACCAGCGCCACCAUAUGGGUGUUGGAAGAAGUAAAUGAUCUGGAACUCACACACUAUUACAGUCUUUCUGACAGUAAACAAAUAAUUAGUGGUGGUCACGGCAGCUUAAACAAUACUUACCCAUUAGAAAGGAACAUAACAUUUGUCGCCACGACUAGCAGGGGUAACAAACUGAAAUACACAUGGAAGUUAGAAAAGUCAAGUGAAAUCAUAACAGAACAACUGUCACUAAGUCAUAGAUUUACAUCACCAGGUAUUUACAGAGUGAGUGUAAACGCCAGCAAUGCUCUGUAUUACAAAGUUAACUAUUCAGAUAUAGAAAUCCAACAAAUUAUACAAAUAAAGUCAUUUACAAACGACGGACCUAAAGUACCUGCAAUACCGAUCAAAUUUACUCUAACUUUUUUUAAAAUUGGUACAGAUUCUUGCUUUUCUUGGGAUAUGGCAGAUGGGUCACCAUAUUAUGAAACUUGUAUAAAUUCACCACUUGAUUCUCAUAUUAGUUCAUCCCCAAAACAGAUAACCCAUUCACACAUUUACAAAAUAAACGGAACGUUUUUGGUACGUGUGAAUGUCUCUAACUUGGUUUCUGUACGUUCCGUUGAACAGUUAGCAAUUAUUUCAAGCGUCAGUUGUGAAUACCCUAUUGUACGAAUCCAAGGCGCAGAUCGAAAUAUUGACAGGCCAAAAUAUCAUUUACGAUCAGAUUGGAUACUAUUACAAAGCACAGCCGAUUUGGUUUGUGAAAUAACUAGUGAUGCUGAUUAUAUUUGGAAGGUAGAACGUAUUCUGCCAGGAGAUACUUAUUUAAAUCGAAUCUAUACUCCUUAUAAAAUUUCGUCAGAAGCCACUUACAAAUUCAGAUUGCUGUUCAAACCAUUGACUUUUGAAAUUGGAACCUACAAGAUAUCGUUAAAUGUUUCGAUAGGAAAUGUUAAAGGAUUGUAUAGCGCUGAUUUUUCAUAUCUGGCAAUAAAAGCGUCUCCUCUUGUCUCUCAGAUUCAAGGAGGAAACUUGAGACGAGUUGGUUACGGGAAAAUAUUCAGGAUGGACGCUACAAAUGGCUCCUACGAUCCUGAUCAACAUAUUCAAGCAAAAAACAGUUUUUCUUUCAAAUGGAUGUGUAAAAUUAUCACCAGCGAGAACGUAACCUCUACAGAGUUAACCAAUAUUCUAAACAAUAUUACUGGCGGAACAUUUAUGCUAGAUUCCAGAUUACUUGGGAAGAAUUUCAAAGGAGUUUUCAAAGUGGUUGUCUCAAGGGAUCAUCGAACAGCUACUUAUGAACAAACGUUGCAAAUUGUUGAUGGUACUCCACACACAUUGGAAAUUAGGUGUGUAGUGAACUGCAAGAAGCAAGUGAAUCCAUCGGGAGUACUCAGUCUGACUGGUAUUUGUGUGACGUGUAGAGCACACGAGACUGCCAAGUACAAGUGGCAGUUGUUAAUCAAAGACAAGUUUAAAGACAGCUUCACAGAAGUCACUAAGCUUUCGGAAAUGUCGACAACAGGAACUGAUAAUGCUAUCCUGGCAAUGAAAGAAGGUGUUUUGCUCGGAGGACGUACCUAUCGACUAGAAUUUGAGGUGCAACUUUACGGCUACGCAACCGGUGUAUCUGGAUAUCAGUUCCGGACGAAUUUACCACCUCAUGGAGGCAACUGUACUAUAUCGCCGACUUCAGGUUAUGUUCUAACCACCAAGUUUGAAAUCUCUUGUUUCGGGUGGCAAAACAGUAACGAUGAUGAAGGUAACGACGAAGGCCUGUGGUACCGUUUCUUCUCACAGCCAGUUGGUGGAUCAGUAAAGCAGCUACUCUAUUAUGGCACAGACCCAUAUAUGCCGCGAUCUCAGUUUGGACUCGGACUUGAAAAAUAUAACUAUAUGGUGAAUGUUGGAGUUCGAGUUUCAAAUUCAAUGGGCUCAUACGUUGAAAUAUUUCUACAAGUACAAGUGAAGAAUCCAGCAACUGAAAAGACCAGCCAAAACAAUUUCAUGAAUAAAUCAGAUGAGUAUGAACAAGAGUUUUCGUCUCUGCUCUCGACGGGGCGCGAUCAGGAAGCCAAACAACUCGUCGUGGCACUGGCAUCCGUUAUAAAUAAAGACACUUUUCAGGGCAAGGACAAUACAGAGUACUCAUCGGCAGAAACAUCAAAUAAUGGCCUCAACAAGAAACCUUUGAAUAAUUCAGAUACAACAGACUCUUCUGGAGAAAAGAAUGAACAAAUAAUUCAGUUGCGAACUUUUGCUGUUGAGACACUGGCGAAAACAGCGCAACCCACAACUCUUGACUCUCUUCGACAAACAGCAAUGGCAUUUCGUGUUAUAACGCUAGAACCAAAUGAACUUUCUGAUAAAGCUCAGAGCAUUACAAUAUCUGCAAUGGAAAGCAUUGCUAACACAAUGGAAACGAUGGUUUCUGACUCACGUAAUCAAGAUUCUCAGCAAAAUCUCCAAGCAAGUGAAGAAUUUGACUGUCGAAGGAAUACACGGAACAUUACUAACGCUGCUAUCAAAAUUACCGACAAAAUCAUCCGUAGUGUUCUUGCUAAUCGUAUGCCUGGCGAGCCUGCCGUAAAGUUAGAAUCGAAACUGUUCACAAUUUUAGGCGAACGAAAAACCCCAAAUGGUCUGAACAAUUCUGUGUUGGGAUCAGGUUGUGUGAAACUCCCAACUGUUGACAAUUUGCUGCCAAACGGAUUGAAAGAAAAGUUUGUCGACACUAAGUUUCUUCGUGCUAAAUCGAAUCCAUACAGGUGGGAUCCAACUUCAAUGUACAUAAACUCGGAUGUCGUGUCUCUCGAUUUGUACAGCCCAGAUGGAUCAGCCAUACCAGUAUCCAACAUUUCUCAAGAUAUUUCCAUUGACAUCGAGGUUAAAUAUGACUCACCCCUUUCAUCAGUGACCCUGAAUUCAACUUUCAACAAAAGUAUAUCAAUACAUUCAUUGGAAGUCCCAACAGUAGAGAAUAGUUUAUUAUUAUUAGUCAAACCAGAACUCGCCAAUGUCAGCCUAGAUGUGUUAAUACGUCACAAGCUUCCACCGACAGACACAGAAUAUGAUUUAUUUUUCACAGUACCAAUCCAACCAUCUAAUGACCAGAAUACAUCUGACUCUGAUUACACAGUGUUUGUUACUUCUGAGCAGGUGAAACAACUGGGAAACGGAACUUAUUUUAUUGGAAUAAGACCAUUUUCGGAACUCACUGAACAAUCGGUUGAUGAUUAUUAUGAUGCCUUAGAAAUGGCUCCAGCUGAUGUUCAAGAAAAUAUCACUGCUGACCCUUUUCCGAGCUAUCAGUUUCGUUUUAUUGUAUCUGGGUGUCGUUUCUGGGACACCAGACAAGAGAAAUGGUUGACCAAGGGGUGCAGGGUGAGUCCCGAGUCUACAAGAAAAUACACACGCUGUCUAUGCAAUCACCUGACGUCUUUCGGGACAGAUUUCUUCGUCCCCGUCAACAAAAUUAACUUUGACACUGUGUUUCUAAAUUUGGAUGAGAAGUUAAAGGAUAACUUUGCUGUUCUGGCUAUGCUCUGCUCAGUAUUCUCUCUAUAUUUUAUGCUUAUCAUUUGGGCUCGACGUCAAGACAAACGCGAUCUUCUUAAGUGGGGAGUAGUCCCUUUGAAGAGCAACAAGGCAAAGGAUUGCUAUUUUUAUACGAUAACCGUAUUUACAGGAGUGCGCAAAGGAGCGGGCACACUAUCCCGCAUCGGUUUUGUACUUACUGGAGAGCUUGGUGACACGGGUAUCAGACAGCUGGUGGACGAGAAGGAGUCAAAAGUCUUUAGUCGCGGUAGCAUCAAUCCAUACUUGCUAGGAGUACCAAAAUCUCUUGGUCCAUUAACCUAUCUUCGAAUUUGGCAUGAUGCUUCGGGAAAAGGAGAACAUGAAAGUUGGUACCUUCGGAAGGUUCACGUUAAGGAUUUACAGUCAUCUAAAACAUGUGUUUUCCUUUGUAAUCGUUGGUUGGCUGUGGAAUAUGACGAUGGUUUAAUCGAGCGUGUUUUACCAGUGGCCGCCCCUCAAGAUAUUAAAACUUUCCAAAAUUUGUUCUUCUCCAAAACUCACAAGAGUUUCUCCGAUGACCAUCUUUGGUUGUCUGUUUUCAUGCGUCCAACUCACAGUAAUUUCACACGUGUACAGCGAAUUUCUUCGAUACUUUCCGUGGUACUAAUGACCAUGCUUGCCAAUGCAGUGUUUUACAAAAGUGGUUCAGAAGCUACAAAAAGAAAAUAUGAGUUCACCAUAGUAGGAUCGGCAUCUAUCAAUUUACAGGCCUUAUAUAUCAGUUUCAUAAGCUGUUUGAUUGUACUUCCAGUUAACAUUGCUGUAGACCAGCUAUUCAGGAAAAGUAGGCCCAAAACCAAUUUAGUUAGCAGCAUCUGGGGAAAGCAACUUGAACAGACGAAACAGCAACCGAACAUCAACCAGUUAAAUAGUCCGAAUAUUUUAACUGAGAAAGCUAAUAGUAGCUUAAAUGUCAAAAUGGCCGACCAGUUAAGAGCUACUUCAGCAUUAUAUUCCAGGACACCCACAAUUCUGUGUGAAGACAAUCAAGCACAAUUUCAAGCUCUAUCGCCGGUUUUUCCAAUGCUAUCACACUUUUCAAACUGUGAGAUUGGUUCUAUAAGGGAAACUUAUAACAUCAGUAAAGAAACAAUGUCUUCGAAGAAACAGUCAAAGUGUUCGAAAGACAGCCUACCUCAUGGUUGUAUCUACAUCGGCUGGCUGCUGGUUUUUGCCAAUAUCGGAACAUCAGCAUUUUUAACGUUUUCCUAUAGCAUGGAAUGGGGUAAAGAAAAGUCCAACGCCUGGUUGACAUCUAUGUUCAUGUCGCUGGGAGAGAGUAUCACAGUCAUACAGCCAACUAAGAUUGUUAUUCUGUCUUUGAUUACUUCGUUGCUGUUGAAAAAACCUGAAGAAGAAAACUACGAGGAAAAGAAAGGACAGGAACGUCUUGGUGGUGCCAAAAGCCCUGUUGGUAACGACCAAAUUGGAGUUCACAUCAUCACAGAUCUCCACAACGAUGAGGAAUUAGUAGAUUAUCAACCGGAGAAAGAGUCGAUAAAUGCGACACCAAUUUAUACUCCAAAUAAAGAGGUACUGAAAAAACUACGCCAGAGUCGACUAAAGGACAUAAAAAUGAAACAGCUAAUUAAAGACAUGUGUUUUUACCUAACCUAUUUGGUCCUCCUAAUUAUUUUGGCAAGCAACAACCGAGAUCCGCGUUCGUACAUUAUCAAAGACACAUUGCUGAAUGUUCUUCAAGCGAAACACUUACCGAAGGUCAUUCGAUAUGCUCAGUUCUGGAAAUGGACCAAAGAAGUGGUUGUACCACAGACCUAUACAUCAACUUUGGCGAACGGUAAGAAUGCUACUCCGCAAGACUUCCAAAUGCUAUCCUGUGGAUCAGGAUACCGUGUGGGACCAGUGCGUUUGAGACAGCUGCGUGUUCGUGCAGGAAAAUGUCAUGCUCUCUCAAAAUUCCAUACUACCAGAGAAAAUUGUAAUCAGGAUUAUUCAUUUCACACCGAAGAUACGACAAAUUAUACUACAAGCUGGAAGGAAUUACAACAUGGAGACAAUCCUAUAAAAUUGCCAUUAAAUUCCGGUUGGCGAUAUCGACACUAUACUGAAAUUGGAGGAAUUCCCAUUGUAGGAGAAAAGGCUGUCUAUAGUAGUAAUGGUUAUUGUAAAGAUCUGACUGGAAGUCCAAGUAGAGCCAUGGCAGCACUUGAUGAACUGAUAAAGUUACGCUGGCUUGAUGAAAAUACAAGAGCGAUAUUUGUCGAAUUCACUCUGUACAAUCCCAAUAUCAACAUGUUUACUACAGUCACUGUGAUGUUUGAAACUCCGACCUUGGGUGGAAUGGCGUCUAACGUGAUUAUAAACACUUUUCGAUUAUAUCCGUAUACUGGCAAUUACGGUAUUUUCAUUUUGAUUGUCGAAAUUAUUUGUAUCAUUUUCAUUAUUAUUUUCAUCGAGCAGAAAAUCCAGACGGUUCGACGAUUGCAAAUGAAGUGUUUCAGUGAUUUCUGGAACAUCCUUCAGAUACUCAACUUGUGUUUCUCUAUCAUCGCAGCAACCACGUAUGUGAUGCGCCAUCUAUUCACCAUUUCGGCUAUAAAUACCGUAAAGAAAUUAAGAGGAGAUUUCUACAAUUUCCAGCAACUUUCUUUCUGGAGCGACGUCUUUACGAUAUUCCUCGCCUUGGCCAUCUUCCUCACGAUUUUGAACGUGAUUCACCUGUUACGCUUCAAUCGAAGAAUGUCCAUGCUGUCGCAGACUCUCCGGCAAUCAUCUAAAGACUUGUUUGCUUUCUCAUUCGUUUUUGCUGUGCUGUUUUUCAGUUACGCAUGCGUUGGUUACCUCUUAUUCGGGAAAGUUAUCACGAGCUAUUCAAGCAUUUCGAUAAGUAUAAUGACUCUGUUUAUGUCUAUCUUGGGACAGUACCAGUAUGAAUCAGUGCAAGCAGUCAACCACAUCCUGGGACCAAUCUAUUUCUUCUCUUGUACUAUGCUAGUUAAUUUUAUUCUAUUCAGUGUUUUUAUCACGAUACUGAACGAAACAUUCUCACUGGUACGAAGUAAUAUAUCGAAGCAGAUAAAUGAUUAUGAAAUAAUUGACUACAUUCACGAACAUGUCACGAAGUGGAUUGGUACAGACCAUGAUCACCUUUUCAAUAAACUUCUAAAUAAAAAAACCGAUAACGAGGUGACGUAUGUAAGAGACAGCACAAACAAAAUGAACCAACCAAAUGAACAGGCACAUGAAGAAGAAAAUAUCGACACAAAAAUUCAUGACAUCUUCAAACGGCUUGAUGCCCUCUAUUUGCAAAUAGGAGCAGAAAAACAUUGAAUAUCCUCCUACUUAAGCUUCACCGAUUUUCUUGCAAAUCUGAAAGGCUGCCAGUUAAUAUCAGACCAAAGCUGUACGUUUUAUAACUGAUGCUGUAUUCUAAUAUAAGUAUUGAAAAGCAUGAUCCUACUGUUGUCACAAUACAAAUUAACUACAUAUAUAUAAAUAUGUGUGUGUGUGUGUAUUAUGUAUGAAUGUAUUACAAGUUGUACAUGUCAAAAGUCUAAGUACUCAAUAUAAUGAACAUAAAAUUAUAAUAUAUAUAUAUGGGAUGAGCUGUUUUAAUGAUGCGUCCUGCCCAAGCUCUUCGAAACGCCGGUGUUAAAACGUGGGUAGCUGAUGAAGUAGAAUGUUCUCUAUGUGGCUUGUGUGUUUUCUCGUCUACGUUUUGUUUGCAAUGUCCUGUACCCAGAUAUGCAGCUAUACAUACAGGUGGAUGUCAGUAUGCACAUACCUGUACGUAUAUAUGCAUAUACUCAUUUAAUAUUUGUUUAUUUAUAUUU